UCGGAGGGAUUUCCGCUUCAAUGAACAAUUUUUCCGUCAUAAAUGUUUGUAAAUAUUUCAAAGCAGUAUUUUUAUAAUUUAUUUAACAACGAUUUAACGGUUCUGUAUCUACUAACCAAAUAAAAUUUUUCAUUCAAAGCUCUAUAACUUUAGCUUCAUUAAAUGAAAUGUCUUUGAGCAAAUCAAGAGGCAAUUCGGCGAGCGGGACAAAGCGGGCAUCACAAUGGGAGGAUUUGAUGAGAAAGUUCUCAGAGGCGCACAAAGAGGAGUGCAAGACUGUAUCAGUGGACAUGCCCCGGGUGCAACGAUCCAUGAAGAUGUUUCCAACCGGGUCUCAAUACGAAGGCUCUUGGGACCUACUCGGGAUGAGUGGUUAUGGCGUUUACAAAUUUCCAAAUGAUGUUAUCUACGAGGGUGAAUUCGACGACGGCAUGUUCCACGGCCAAGGGAAACUGAAAUAUCCUAACGGUGUGGUGCUUAGAGGAACCUGGAAGAAAGGGAAGUUGACGGACAGGACACUCGUCUUUGCGGAUGGGUUGGAGUAUGAUGAGAUGGACUGGAAGUAUUGUAGGCCACCUGAUAGACGAUUUACAAUCGAGUACGAGAAAGGUCUCCAGCCAGCAGGCAAGUCUUUCCUGACAGCAGAACAACCAACGCGCCCCAUACCGCCAGGAUAUUAUGAUACUGGGGAUGGGUUCUAUGACCCUAAAACCAAAGCUGUAUACAAAGUGGACGAUCUCAGUGCCAUUGUGAGAUCACCAUCGGUCCGGGAACAAAAGUGGAUAAUCGAGAACUGCCGGACCUGCCCUGACAAGUCACUAGGGCCUCGAAUAGAUCUCUAUGAAGAAUGGGUUGAACCGCAAGACACGCUUCCUAAACCACCAAAACCAGCAUCAACAUCUCAUGCUAACGGUUCCUUGAAUUUAUCCCAAACUACAUAUGAGCAAGAUCUUGAAAUGGAGGUUGCUUUUAAAAACCUAGAAGUUGAUGAAUCCGACUCAUCAGAAAGCGCAUUCUCCAGUUGCAGUGCUACUAGCUCAGCUCUCUAAUGCUCAAUUAGCUCAUAAACGUUAAAACUCCCUAAAAUUAGUCUAAUGAAAAGUUUAACAGUAGCCUCAUCUUAAUUUUUAAUGUCUUGAUAAAAAUAUUUUAAGGUGCACUUUGUAUUUUACCAAGGUAUUUUAAGAUGGACCAAUUAACCUACUAAGUACUUAGUUAGAAUUUAGAUUAUUUUGAUUGACUUAAUAGAAGAUU